AUGAAAAAAUUGUUUGACGGUGAUAAAGAGUUGUGUAGCUAUUUCUCGAAUGAAGUUAUUCCGGGCUCAGGUAAUCAUCCUAAUUCUUUGAUGUUACCACUAGGAAGAGGCAUCAGUUCGACGUCACAGUGUAACACGUUAGAUAGUUCUAAAACUCACUGUUUACCAGUCCAUCCACAGUUUGCGAACCGUUCAACAAAUGAUUUGUACUCACCUCAGUCAUAUGAUCGUGGGGUACCGUUUUCACCAUCAUCAAGAGUAGGAGAUGGAUCUAAUGUCUUUAAUAUUGAUAACAUGUCACCAUCAUCGUCGAUUUAUCAUACUGAUGGAGAAAUAACACAUGCUAUCAGUCCAGUUCACCAUUCUCCAUUCAAAACACUUCCACAUCGAUCGCCUAUCUCCGGGAUUGUUACUAAUAUAUACCAUAUUGGUCAUUUGUUACAAGCGUUACUUAAAUAUCUUUGA